AGGUAAAAGGGAAAAAAGGAAAAGAAAAAUGAGUAGAGCCCGAACCAAGAAUACCCAAUAUCCAAUUAACUACUAAAACGAACCCUAAUUUCACCAACUUCAACACUUCACUCAUUCAAAGCUCGUCUCGCUCGAAAAUAAUGGCGGAAGUGGAUCACAACGACGACGUUCAAAGCGAGACGAGCGACUACACAUCGGAAGACGAAGGAACCGAGGAUUACAGAAAAGGAGGCUAUCACGCAGUUCAAAUCGGCGAUACAUUUAAACACGCUCGCUAUGUUGUGCAAAGCAAGCUCGGGUGGGGCCAUUUCUCCACUGUCUGGCUCUCUUGGGACACUCACAAAUCUAGAUAUGUAGCCUUGAAAAUUCAAAAAAGUGCCCAACACUACACCGAGGCAGCAAUGGACGAAAUUAAGAUUUUGAAGCAGAUUGCCGAGGAAGACCCAGAUGAUAAAAAGUCAGUUGUGAAACUUCUGGAUCACUUUAAACAUUCGGGGCCAAACGGGCAGCAUGUUUGCAUGGUUUUUGAGUACUUGGGUGAUAAUCUUUUGACACUCAUCAAGUACUCUGAUUAUCGGGGAAUUCCUCUUCCUAAGGUCAAAGAGAUAUGUUCCCACAUACUAGGAGGGUUGGAUUACUUACAUCGCAAGCUUUCUAUUAUACACACUGAUCUGAAGCCAGAAAAUGUGCUACUUUUGUCAAUGAUUGAUCCGACUAAGGAUCCAACAAAGUCAGGCGUGCCUCUCAUCAUCCCGUCCAAGAAGGAUAAGAUUGUGCCAGGGUCUGGUGCUUGUAGAGAGGUAAGGAGCUAUAAUAGUGAUUUGACCAAGAACCAGAAGAAGAAAAUCCGUAAAAAGGCUAAGAAAGCUGCUCAAACUUGCAUCGAGGAGGAACCCUCAGAAGAAUCUGUGCCAGUUAAUGAAUCAUCUGCGACUGAAGUUUCCCAUCAGGAUGAGAAAUCAAAUAAUGAAUCUAAUGAAGAGAAAUCUACAAGAGAUCGGUCAACAACUACAGGCAGUAAUAGAAAUUCUCAACAAGGAAAUCAAGGUCAUAGAAGAGGCAGCCGCUCUGCGAGACGAAAGCUAUUAUCCGAGAUUGACACUAGGUGCAAAUUAGUUGAUUUUGGUAAUGCCUGUUGGACAUAUAAACAGUUUACAAGUGAUAUUCAGACUCGGCAAUAUAGGUGUCCUGAGGUUCUCUUAGGUUCAAAGUACUCGACCUCGGCUGAUCUAUGGUCAUUUGCUUGUAUAUGUUUUGAAUUGGCCACUGGUGAUGUCCUCUUUGAUCCGCACAGCGGAGACAAUUAUGACCGAGAUGAGGAUCACUUGGCCUUGAUGAUGGAGCUUCUUGGGAUGAUGCCUCGCAAGAUUGCUCUAGGAGGACGAUAUUCUCGAGAUUUUUUUAAUAGAUACGGGGAUUUAAGGCACAUUCGUCGACUUCGUUUUUGGCCACUUAAUAAGGUGCUUGUGGAGAAAUAUGAGUUCAGUGAGCAAGAUGCAAAGGACUUGGCUGACUUUCUUGUACCAAUACUCGAUUUUGUCCCUGAGAAAAGGCCCACAGCUGCACAGUGCCUUUCUCAUCCAUGGUUUGCCGAUGGACCUAAAGAAGCUGACGGACCUUGUACCAUAGAGCCUACUGUAGUCCCACCAGAAGCGAAAGAUAAAAUUAUGUCCGAGAAGAAGCGAGAAAAUGAUGAGAGAGAGGCAAUGGAGGUUGCAGUGGGAAACAUUGCCAUUGAUGGAGCUUCAAAGCCUGUGAAUCAUCCUAAACAAAAAUAGAUCAAGUCCCCUAGCCAGUCAUCAUAUAUCAUAGGACCAUUUUCUCUGUUAAGGUUUUGGAUUUCUUAUAUUUUGUUGUUCCUCCAUUGCUUGUCCUGUGUCCCAACACCGAUUCGUUUGACAUUCAUGUGAAGUUUUGGGUUUAUGAACUGGAGGCAUUUGAUUCUUUAAUGGGCAAGAAACGAACUUCUCCAUUAUUCAAUUUUGACAUCCUAAUCUUGGUAGAACAUUGUAUCAAUCAAACUGAGUAUCCUUCUUAAACAUGUCAUAUCUUGAGCAAAAAGAUGACCGAGUAUAAAUCUGGUACGAUUUAGCGUGCGUGGAAGAAAGAUUAUUGUGCGUCUUUCUGUAUAAGUAGGUCAUUCUAUUCAGUAUCAUACUUGGCCGUGAUUGCUUGUAUAUUUUGUACCGAUACUUGCCUACAAAUUAGAGACCUUCAGUUUCAUCA